AUGCUGGAUGCUGGAUGCGGGAUGCAGGAUGCUGGAUGCGGGAUGCAGGAUGCUGGAUGCUGGAUGCUGGAUGCUGGAUGCGGAUGCGGGAUGCGGGAUGCAGGAUGCUGGAUGCUGGAUGCUGGAUGCGGGAUGCGGGAUGCUGGAUGCGGGAUGCUGGAUGCAGGAUGCUGGAUGCUGGAUGCUGGAUGCUGGAUGCUGGAUGAGGAUGCAGGAUGCAGGAUGCUGGAUGCUGGAUGCAGGAUGCUGGAUGAUGCUGGAUGCAGGAUGCUGGAUGCAUGGAUGCUGGAUGCUGGAUGCUGGAUGCGGGAUGCGGGAUGCUGGAUGCUGGAUGCGGGAUGCUGGAUGCGGAUGCAGGAUGCUGGAUGCAGGAUGCUGGAUGCGGGAUGCUGGAUGCAGGAUGCAGGAUGCUGGAUGCUGGAUGCUGGAUGCGGGAUGCUGGAUGAUGCAGGAUGCGGAUGCUGGAUGCUGGAUGCUGGAUGCGGGAUGGAUGGAUGCUGGAUGCGAAGAUGGUGGAUGCUGGAUGCGGAUGCUGGAUGCAGGAUGGUGGAUGGAUGA